UAGCACUGUGGUUUAUUUCUCUUGCUGGUGAGGGUGAGUGUUUGAUAAGGGACGAGAAGGCAGUCGUUGUUCUACCACUAGACUCUAAAGAAGGUGCUUGCCGGGCUCCUACGGGUGCUACACGACCGGAUUAUUGCAUAAUUACUAACGAGCUUCCUUGAAAAGAAAAGGAUGUCGUACGAGAUGCCUGAUCUGGAAGGUGGUGACACUUUCGUUCCUCUAGAGGAAGGCGAUGCCUCGACGGUUGCGCAGGAAGUUAACGCUGCAGAAGCUGGUGCAGUUCCUCCCGCGGAAAUUCAGCCCAAUAUCCCCGUUGAAGUUGAAAAACGUAAAAAGCGGGUAUCUUUACACUGGAAGAGACCAAAAUCCCAUCUCUACGAAUACAAUUACGACUACGGCUCGAAUUAUUACAAGGGAAUGAUCGACUAUUUGGAUGAGCGAAGUGGCGGCUACAAGCCAGCACCUCCGAAGGCGCUUUCGUGGGCUGAACGGGCUCUGAAGACUUAUUCGGAGAAACGUGAAGCUGCCGCCCGUAACAAGGACAAAGAUCAAGACGCACAACUGCUUCACAGCAUCCGAAGCACUGUCAAUACCUAUACAGUUCAUGCUAGGAAUUACACUCGUAAAGUGACCGCCAGUCUAACUUAUUAAAGAAAGAAAAAGAUUUAUUAAGACGCAGGCUGAUAGUCAACGGCGAAUCAUUAUUCUUAUUCUGAAUACUCUACUCGUCGGACCCUCCUUGUUCUAUAAUUUAUCUCUACUGUUUCUCCCAGUGUUUCUACUGCUUGUUUCUUUCCUUUCCCCUUGAUAGUCAACCAUGUGUACCUUCUGUUCACAUUCAACAACGACAAAACAAUACCUUGACUUUGUGAACGUGUAUCGCUAUUGGCAAAUCAAACAGAAAUUGAUAGUUUGA